CACAAACAAAACUUUGUUUACGUUGGCAGGUUAAUGUAUAGCGCUUAUCGAUCUGUGAGUGAUUUUAAUUUUAUGUUAUAAAGAAAAAUAGGAGAUUGUGUUUAGUGUUUUCAAAUGGAUGAUGAGAAGAGAAGUAGGAAACGAGGUCUCUUAAAACAGUAUUAUGGAGUUAAAGAUAUUGACAACAAAGAAGGUUUUGAUCCAUAUAACAUCAAUGCUCCAGAAUUUAAUUCUGACUUGUUUUUACAUAAGUUAUUGAAAGAAUGCAGCUUAAGUCAGCUCAUGCAAAAGGAACAUCAGAUAUAUCGCCAAAUACAGGCAUUGGAUAGUGAGAUGCAAACUCUUGUUUACGAAAACUACAACAAGUUCAUUAGUGCAACUGAUACGAUAAGAAAGAUGAAAAAUGAUUUUAAAAAAAUGGAGGAGGAAAUGGAUUGUCUGUCUUCAAACAUGUCUGCUAUUACUGAUUUCAGUGGCAACAUCACAAGCACAUUACAAGGACGAAGGCAGCAAAUAUCAAAAUUAUCUGGAGUUCACAUGCUUUUAAAGAAGCUCCAAUUCCUCUUUGAAUUACCUCCGCGUUUGAAAUCCUGCAUUGAAAAUGAAUCCUAUGGUCAAGCUGUUCGGUACUAUUUAAAAGCUCAAAAGGUUCUUCACCAGUAUGAACACAUGCCUUCUUUUCGUGGUAUUCAAGAAGAUUGUGAUAUUUUAAUUGGCGAACUGAAAGUAAAAUUACAGGAACAGUUUAAGUCAAAAGAUGCUGCUCCAAAACAAUUAGCUGAAUGUGUAGAUCUUCUUUUGCAACUUGAAGAACCCACUGAAGUAUUAUGUGAUGAAUUUUUGAAGCAUGCAAAAGAGAAAUUGGACUUCGAUUUGGAAGAAAUGAAUCAAAUACUGAAACUUUCAAGUUCUAAUUCUGCUGAUGAAAAUGAAAAAAUUGAAUCGAGGAAAAACAUGGAUAUUCUUGAAUUUGUUGAUUUUAGUUAUAACACAUUUCUCAAUAAUAUUUCUUUAGUUAUUGCAUCCUACUGGGAACUAUUUUUAAGGCAGCUUUCCGUUGAAGAUGAAAGGUAUAAAAACAUCACCUCUAAUGUCCCAUUAAAAAAGCUGGAAGAUUUUGUAGAUGAAUCCAUGAAGUUCUAUUUUAAAAUUAUUGAAGCAAGAAUUGCACUGGAAACUAUGAGCAAUGAUGCAGCAAUUCUUGUAAGAGCCUUAGAUAGAUUUUACAGACGUAUUCAAGCCAUCAAUCGUCUCCUUCCACGUAUUGAUUUUAGUUUGAGAGGUAUUGAAAUUGUUUCAAAAGCUGCUCAGGACAAGUGUAAUCAUAGUUUAAGAAGACUCAAGGAUUGUUUUUCUGCGUCUAUGAUUAAUAUUCGACAGAGUAUUGCUGCACCAAAAACUGUUAGUCAAGAGGGAUCAAAUAGAUUGGCAGAUUUAUUGUCUGAGUUCGAGAAACAGAUUUCAAAUAAUGUAAAAUCUGUACAAUCUGAAUUACAGUUGUUUAUUCAGCCUGAUAUUACAUUUGCUGUGAAAGUACAGUUCAGAGAAAAAUUCUGCAGUAAGUUUGUUCGUGAAGAAGUUGUGAUAGCAUUUUUGAAACACAUAAACAAAUGCUGUGAGGAAUUUUGUUCUAGCAAUGAAAAGAGCUCCACCCCUCCUCAGUUAAUUCUACUACUGUCAAGAUUUUGUCUAAAUUUAGAGCAAUCAUCUAUUUGUGUUUUGGUGUCUCUUGUGGAUGAAAACUUUGCUGUUGAUGGUAAAGAACCAUUAACAUCAGUUUCUGAAUUAUGUUUGAGGACAAAAAAGUCUGCACAGAAACUAUUGGACCAUUUUGUUCGAGUUCAAGGACUGAAUAUAUCACAAAUGCUUCGAAAAAGCGUUGAAACUCGUGACUGGUUGAAUGCUAUAGAGCCUCGAAAUGUUAGAGCUGUAAUGAAACGGGUGGUUGAAGAUGUGACUUCUGUAGAUUCAGAGGUAGGGCAAUUGUAUGAAGAAGGUGUUAGGAAAGAAAGAAGUAGUGACUCCAGUCGUCGAACAUAUCCUAGUACUGGAAGAACUCAAAGAGCAAAAUAUAAUGCCUAUGCACCCAGCACAAUUGAUAACAGCUUGAUGAGCAACAUUCAGAAGUUAUUCUCUGAGAAGAUUGAAAUUUUUAGCACUGUUGAAUUUUCCAAAGUUUCAGUCAUGACUGGAAUAAUUAAAAUUAGUUUAAAAACAUUUCUUGAAUGUGUUCGACUGCGAACAUUCAGCAAGUUUGGUUUGCAGCAAGCUCAAGUAGAUAUACAUUAUUUACAACUAUACUUAUGGCAUUUUGUUGCAGAUGAAAAUUUGGUGCAUGUAUUACUUGAUGAAAUUAUGAGUAGUACAAUAAAUAGAUGUUUGGACCCAGUAUUGAUGGAGCCUAGUGUUGUUGAAGUUAUUUGUGAAAGAGGAUGAAAAAAUGAAUGAAAUAGGUUUCAACAUUGAACAUAUUAAUUUAUUUAUAUAUUUGUUUUUUCAUUGUUAACCUCUUGGUUGGAUUCUCCCCCCCCCCAAAUUUCCAUGCUAUAACAGCAGUGUUUUUUCAUUGCUGAUCCUAAAUUUGAAAAUAUAAAAUAUUUUUGGCUGUUAGCAGUUUUUACCUGGAUCUAAAAAUGGUCAAACAUGUGAUAUUGCAUCCACUGAUCUUCAGUUUUCCCUGCAAUGCACACAAGUUUUAUAGUUAAAUUUAUACAACCUGAUACUAUAUUUAUUAACUGUAUUGCUUUGAAGUGUUUAAGACAAACAUCUACAUUAAUUAAUUAUUAAAAUUAUUCAGAAAAUGUUUUGAUAAACAAUUUUUCAACUUUUGAAAGCAUAAAAACUACAUUUAUCAAAAAUCUAAAGUAAUUUAUUGAAAUUAUAUUUUUUGUUUGCUUUGUCAAAAAAGGCAAUAAAUAUCAUAUUAAUACAAUGUAUUACAUAAAAAAUAUAAUCCAUUAUAAAAGUUAUUUUUGCCUUAAAAAUAGCACUAAUGAAAGAGAAAGAAAAAACAGAAAACACAAAAUGAUUUUGAUUUUUAGUUCUAGCAUCUCUUAGAAAUAUAUCCAAAGAUACUCAAGGAAUUUCUUUCCAAAAAUACUCGAGGAAGAGUCCUGUAUGUAGCAAAAAGUUCAAAGAGAAAAUUUUCUUUUUUUAGCAUUGCUUGCAUCAUUGAUCAUAUGGAUUCAAAAAUGCGGAAUGUGUGCAUGUGAAUCCAACCAGGAUGGCGUAAAUGAUGAAUAAUUUAUUCCAAUACUCAUUAAAUUGUUUCAGUUAAUUUCAUGUCAAAAACUUCAGGUAUAUGUUUUUAAAAAUGUUUCUGUGUAUAGUAAGUUGUCAAUUAAAGUAUUUUUAUGUCUG